GUGGGUGUUACACUUUGUUGAGAUGAGACUGAAGGGGCGUGAUCAUAUUGAUGGUGAAGGGGGUGUGGUGUGAGAUGGUGUGGUUUGGGAAGCAGCUCACAGAAAUCAUUUCACCUGAAGGCAGUGAAAGAAACAAAGAAUUGCCAUUUGAUUACUAGUAUCCUGCCAGGAGCAGUUAUUUAAUGGUUAUUUGAUAAAUUACAAGAUCAUCGUUUAUUUGUUGACAACAUGGGGCUACUAUGGGUGGUGCUGUGAGCAAAAACAAGACACUCUUAUCAUCAGUGGAGAACAGCUGCUUUUCCAGUAAGCAACGGUUUCUGUGUCUCCAUGAUGUACUUGUCCAAAACAGUCCAUUCGGGCAGCAGAGUGACCAGUGCACAACGACCCAAAUGUGUAAAUGUACAAAAAAACAAGAGAGAGAUCUUCUACCUACAUCAGCUUCCAUGUUCCUCCCAGAAUUUUCACAUCACGAGGGGACACCUGCACAUUUACAGGUCACUGGGGUAAUAGCCAAAGGAUCAUUCGGCCCUAUUCUGAAAGUAAAGGACUGGGCAAAAGGGAAGACCUCUGCUGUAAAGGUUUUACCCAAAUCUGAGGUUCUGAAACAUGGAGUCCUGAAACAGGUGAAAGAGGAGGUUAUAAUUCAGCGGCAGCUCAAACAUGCCUUUGUCCUCGGUCUAGAGGACUGUUGGCAGAGUCAGAACAACCUCUUCAUCAUGUGUGAUUACUGCAGCAUGGGAGAUCUGUACACCUACUGGAUGCUAACUGGCCAGUUUAAAGAGAAGGAGGUUCAGGUGUUUGCUGUUGAACUCGGCAGUGCUUUAGGGUUUCUUCAUGACUUUGGGAUAAUGCACAGAGAUUUGAAGAUGGAGAACAUUCUUUUAACUGAACACGGUCACAUCUGCCUGGCAGAUUUCGGACUUUCUCGUCGACUUGAGCGGGGCGCAAAAGCAUAUACAAUCUGUGGGACAAUCCAAUACAUGGCUCCUGAGGUUCUGACUGGUGGUCCUUACAGCCAUGCAGCAGACUGGUGGUCUCUGGGCAUUCUGUUAUACACUCUGGCUGCUGGGGAAUUCCCACUUCUUCCAGAGCCAGACCACAGCAGUAUGCUGACUAAAGUCACUGAGCAUCCUUAUGAAAUUCCUCUGAGCUUCAGUCCUGCGCUGGCCCUGUUGCUCACAGAGCUCCUGUGUAAGACUCCUGUGUGUCGCUUGCGCUGUCUGGAACGCUAUAGGAGUCAGAGGUUUUUCAAUGGCGUCUCCUUUGACUCUCAGGUCUUGAUGAAGUAUCCCAUUCAGACAAUCCUUGAGCUGAAGGAUCACCCUAACCGGCCAGAGAAAUCAAUGAGGGGAUUAACAUGCGAGCAGCUUCUGAACUUUGAAUGUGAUUUAUUUGACCGGUUCUAAACAAAAUAUUUUACAAUAUACAGUAUGUAUAAAUUAUGUCAGUAGAGAAACAAACAUAAAAAUAAACACAGAUUUUGGCAGUGGUGGCUCAAGAGGUUAAGGCCCUUGGUUGUUGAUCAGAAGGUCGGUAUCUAAGCCCCAGCACUGCCAAGCUGCCACCGUUGGGCCCUUGGGAAAGGCCCUUAACUCUCCUUGCUCCAGAGGCGCUAUAUCAUAGCUGCCCUUGCGCUCCGAACCCAACAUCCUCAGUUGGGAUAUGUGAAGAAAAGGAUUCGACCGUGCUGUAAUGUAUCUGUGGUGAUAAUAAAGGUUUCUAUGCCCCAAUUUCAUUUCAAUUUCA